CUAUAGAGGUGACCAAAUUGUCAAAGCUAUUUUCCAGUUGCUCAGCAGGGUGGGGAUUUUUGCCCGGCUGCUCAGACACAGCCUCAAGUCACAGAGCAUUGAGGCUGGCCUUUUCAGUUACUGUGAGUGGCAGAAUCAAUACAACAUGAACAGGUCCAAUCGGACCACCACCGUGGCGGGGUUCAUUCUGCUGGGCCUCUCCGCUCACCCAGCGCUGGAGAAAAUAUUCUUUGUGCUCAUCCUGCUGAUGUACCUGGUGAUCCUGCUGGGCAACGGGGUCCUCAUCCUGGUGACCGUCCUUGACUCCCGCCUGCACACGCCCAUGUACUUCUUCCUGCGGAACCUCUCCUUCCUGGACAUCUGCUACACUACCUCCUCAGUCCCCCUCAUCCUUGACAGCUUCCUGACCCCCAGGAAAAGCAUCUCCUUCUCAGGCUGUGCCGUGCAGAUGUUCCUCUCCUUUGCCAUGGGAGCCACCGAGUGUGUGCUCCUGAGUAUGAUGGCAUUUGAUCGCUACGUGGCCAUCUGCAACCCCCUGAGGUACCCCAUGGUCAUGAGCAAGGCUGCCUAUGUGCCCAUGGCUGCCAGCUCCUGGGCAGCUGGUAUCACCAACUCAGUAGUUCAGACAUCCCAGGCCAUGAGGCUACCCUUCUGUGGAGACAAUAUCAUCAACCACUUCACCUGUGAGAUCCUGGCUGUCCUGAAGUUGGCCUGUGCUGACAUCUCCAUCAAUGUGAUCAGCAUGGUUGUGGCCAAUGUUAUCUUUCUUGCAAUCCCUGUCCUGUUCAUUUUCAUCUCCUAUGUGUUCAUCAUGGCUGCCAUCCUGAGGAUCCCCUCGGCCGAGGGGAGGAAAAAGGCCUUCUCCACCUGCUCUGCCCACCUCACAGUUGUGGUUGUCUUCUACGGGACCAUCCUGUUCAUGUACGGGAAACCGAAAUCCAAGGACCCACUGGGAGCAGACAAACAGGACCUUUCAGACAAACUCAUCUCCCUCUUCUACGGGGUGGUGACCCCCAUGCUCAACCCCAUCAUCUACAGCCUGAGGAACAAGGAUGUGAAGGCUGCUGUGAGGAACCUAGUUCUUCAGAAACACCUCGCUAAGUGACUGUCACA